UCUUUUACCUAUUCACUUAUUGAUUCGUUUCCCAAAUUCAUGUGAGAGAAGAACAUAAAUAGCAUAGCUAGCUUGACAAUCCGAGAUCCUAAACACAUCCCCUCAACCUCUCCAUUCCUGCUAUAAAAGUCAAGCUGCUGUGUGUUACUGGAAAUAUAAUAAACACAGAGAGAGAGAGAGAGAGAGAGAGAGAGAUGGUGGUUAGGCUGCAGAGGAGAACAGCAAUGCACAAUAUGCGUCCCUAUCUACGAACCCUCAUCCGCUCCAAAUCAGUGAAAAGGAAGUAUGUCAUCAUGGAUGCUCUUCUAUGCAUUUACAAGCUCAAGCUCAAAUUGGAGGCAAUCAAAACGGAACUCGCAAACUUAAUUGCAGUAAAAAGAGAAUACUUGAGCCUAAUGAAGGAACUCCAGUUGCCUAAGGAAGUGGAGGUGGAGAAGGGUGAGAAAGGAUUUAUAGUGAGGGUGAUAUGCGAGAAGGGAGGAGAUAAACUAGUUUCAAUCUUAGAGGUCUUCGAAGAAAUGGGCCUUACUGUAUCGCAUGCCAGGGUCUCAUGCAACUUGUACUUAUCCAUGGAAGCCAUUGUUGUAGCUGAAGAAGAACGUGCUCUUCAUGCGAAAAGUAUUGCUCAAGCUGUUACUAAGGCCAUUGAAAGACAAUAGGUGAAGCUUGUGCGUUGAUUUCCCUGUUGUUAUUUAAUGAUCCCAAGUAAUCUCAUUGUCGCCUUGUCGGAGUUAA